GUCUUCACUUCAAAUCAGCGCUCACAGCAUUAGUGCCGUUUACUCCAACCCGUGAACACACAGAAGAGCCCCUCUCUACCCUCCCCUCCUGCGGUACUUUGCCUUCGAUUUUUAACGCGAGAAGAGUUCAGCACUCUCUUCCCUCUGUGUACACACGAACUAGCGAUAUCCACUAGGCCAGAAGCGGAAGCGAGAGAAAAACUCACGUUGCAAGAAAAGUUCGCUUACGCCGGGAUUCGAACCCCUGACCUGACCUCUAGAAGGUUUCGAGGAUACCAACUAGACCACCGGGGCGAUGCGGUCAGUCGGGUCCAGGUUGUGCGCAAGGGGAGACAAAGAGAGGCGAGCGCGUGUGUACGUGCCUGGCUGCGGCAGCACCCACACGCUUGGAUUUUUCCCCUGUCCAAAAGAGGCUGGCGGGAACCUGUUGGGCAAGCCGAAGAUCGUGGAGCGCCUGAUCGCCCGCAGGUUCUUCAAGCGUAAGAGCAAGGACCCGGACUCGUACGCGUUCCUCAAGACCAGCGGCCACAAGAAGCUCUACGCGGAGUCGGUGCUUACGCUUAACGAGGCAGCCGCCGCGAAGAGCGGGGACGCAGGACCGUUCCUGAUGCCCAUGUGUCUACCGGCACCGGAGCCCGAGGUGGGUCGGUUGGAGCGAGAUCGAGCGAACAUCUUGGAAGGGGUGCGGAAAGGGUACCACCACGCGCACUUGCUGCUGCGACGGACGGCGCCGGAGCACCCGACCGCGACCAUGGAUGGCCGGCAAGCGGCGCUCACGGCGUUUCCGGAUUCCAUCCUCUCGGAGGAGAUGGACCCCGUCGUGAGAGAGGUUCUCCAACGCUCGGCGGCGGCGGCGGCGAGCACGAACGGGGCACGGCAGCAGCAGCAGCAGCAGCCCCUCUCGAGUUAGGACCGUGUUGCAGGCAGGGCUCUCGCCGUUUCGGCGGGCGGCCUCCGAGUAAAUCCCGUAGAUUAGUAUCUAGCAGCACACAUCAUUUCGUUUUUUUUCCUCGCCUCUUGGUUGUUGUAUGUUUUGAAGUAAUAGUCUAAGGUGUGUUGUUUGUUUAGCAAGGGGCAGUGUUAGGUGUGUGUCGUUCUUUUGGGGUGACGGUGGUGGGGUUAAUUUUGGGCGGGGCGCAUCCGAUACGUAGUUGGCUGUGCCUUGCUCG